AUUGUCUAUGAACAUUUUCUUCUCUCUGCAUUAUUAUUAUAUACAUAAGUUAAUAUCACGUCUUUAACUUCCAUUCAAAAAUUUAUCCAUCACUUUUGCCAUUCCCUCUUCUCUCUCUCUCUCUCUCUCUCUCUCUCUCUCUCGAUGAAGAAGAAGAAGAAGCCACAAGUGUGUCAAUCUUUCAAAUGACAAUUCCAUCUUCUUUUCUCGCCAUCACCGUCACUCUCAUUCUCAUAUACCCCAUAUCUCUUUUGCAUCCAACUGUCGUUAACGGCCUUGGGUCGGCGUCCACCACUGCUGUCACCUACGGCACUGCCACAGUCUGCGGUAUCGUGGCCGCCGAGCCCGCCCAGGGAAUCCAAUGCUAUCAAAACGGCCAAAUCAUUUCAGUCGAACCAAAUACCUCCUUUGAAGCCAUCUCAGGUGGCGGCAGCUUCUUCUGCGGCCUCAAGUCCGGUGGCCUCAGCCUCCUCUGCUGGGACACUGCUUCAUCCAACUCGAGCUUUAAACCAAAACGUAUAUAUAAUAGUGACACGGUCAGAUUGACUGAUCUAACGGUUGGUGAUGAUCAGGUUUGUGCCAGAGAGGUCAACUCCGGCAUGGCCAAGUGCUGGAGAGGAAAUAAGAAUGGUGAGUCUAAAUUUCCACCACCUUGGGAAGCAUUGAGGUUUCAGGCAAUCACAUCGGGGAUUGGGUUUUCAUGUGGGAUUUUGAAGAACAAUAGCAGUUUAUGUUGGGGCAGUGAUUAUCUCGGAGACGAUAUUCAGAAACAGUUUGCCAAUUUGUCAUUGUUAACCUUAGUUGCUGGAGAGUCCCAUGCCUGUGGUUUGACAACAACUGGGAGGGUGGUUUGCAAAGGUAACAACACUUCGGGUCAACUGGAUGUUCCUUUUAGCUCUGCUCAUAACGAGUUUUCUGGUUUGGCAUUGGGAGCAAAUUUUACAUGUGCCAUUAGGGUAAGAAAUGGAAUGGUGGAUUGUUGGGGAGGAAAUAAAAGGUUUGAAUUUGGGAGCAAUGUGAUUGACAAUAUUUCAUUUGAGUCUAUUGUUGCGGGUUUGGAUUUUGUAUGCGGGUUGACAUCAAGAAAUCUAUCCAUGAUUUGUUGGGGACCAGGGUGGUUUAACAUGCCAAGGGUGCUUCCAUUGAAAAUGAUGAUUCCGGGUCCGUGUGUUCAGGCUUCUUGCAGCACUUGUGGCAUAUAUCCAGAUUCUGAGACUCUGUGUUAUGGUUCUGGAAAUAUAUGCAGGUCUUGCCAGAUUGAACUUCCAGUUGCAGUGCCAGUGCCACCAGUAGCAUCAUCUCCAGUUUCUCCACAAACCAAAGCCUGGAACAAGGUUUCAUUAGCGUCUGUGAUUGUUGGAUCAGUUGGAUCUUUUGCAGGCAUUUGUGCAAUUGUCUUUUGCUUUUGGGCUGGUUUAUGUGGCCUACUGCUCAAGAAUGUUCGGAAUUCUUUGCAACCAACAAGUACUGAUGCCAAUGUUGAUACUGCCGCUAUGCCUCAGAUUGGUUCUAGUGACCCAACUUCGAGAUCAUAUUCUAUCAAGCGCGAAGGCUCCUUGAGACCAAAGAUGCAGAGAAGUGGAUCAUCAACAUCAUCCAAACAUGCGGACAAGACCCAGAUGUUUUCUUUCUCUGAGCUUUCCACUGCCACCAACAACUUCUCGUUGGAAAACAAAAUUGGUGCUGGAAGCUUUGGCAGUGUUUACAAAGGCAGGCUCGUGGAUGGACGCGAAGUGGCCAUCAAAAGGGGAGAAGCUUCUGUUAAAACAAAGAAAUUUCGGGAAAAAGAAAUCGCAUUUGAUUCUGAAUUGGCAUUGUUAUCUCGGCUCCACCACAGGCAUUUGGUGGUGUUAUUCGGAUUCUGUGAAGAAAAGGACGAGAGGCUUUUGGUUUACGAGUAUAUGAACAAUGGCGCUCUGCAUGACCAUUUGCAUUACAAGAACAAUGUUGAAAAAAGUAGCAGCAUUUUGAAUUCUUGGAAAAUGAGGAUCAAAAUAGCAUUAGAUGCCGCGAGGGGAAUCGAGUAUCUGCACAAUUAUGCAAUGCCACCAAUAAUUCAUAGAGACAUCAAGUCCUCAAACAUACUUCUAGAUGCAAAUUGGGUUGCGAGAGUGUCUGAUUUUGGGUUGUCAUUGAUAUUGGAGCCAGAAUCUGAACAUGAAACCAUGUCAAGCAAGGCUGUUGGAACAGUUGGCUACAUAGAUCCUGAAUACUAUGUGUUAAACGUCUUGACAGCAAAGAGUGAUGUCUAUGGUUUUGGGGUGGUCUUGUUUGAGCUUUUGACAGGGAAGAAAGCUGUGUUCAGGAAUGAUCAAGAUAAUGGGACAGGUCCAAUUAGCCUGGUGGAGCAUGCCGGGCCACUAAUAUUGGCGGGGCAGCUGCAAAAGGUGUUGGAUAGAAGGGUUGGGCUGCCUGAAAUGAACGAGUCCGAGGCAGUUCAGCUGUUGGCUUACACUGCUAAUUGCUGUGUGAAGUUGGAGGGAAAGGAGAGGCCUACCAUGAGUGACAUUGUUGCCAAUUUGGAGAGGGCACUGUCUCUCUGUGAGGACAACCUCGGUAGCAUUUCUCCAGCUACAUUGUGCAUUCAUUCAGACUGAAAUUACUGACCCAAAAAAAAGAACUUGAUUGAAAUUAUUUCUUCUUUAUACAAUUAUUCUUGUAAGGCUAUUUGGUC